AUGGGAUUGUCGUUCAGUAAGUUGUUCAGCAACCUCUUUGGCAACAAAGAGAUGAGAAUAUUGAUGGUUGGUUUGGAUGCCGCCGGUAAGACCACCAUCUUGUACAAAUUGAAGCUUGGUGAGAUUGUUACCACCAUCCCCACCAUCGGUUUCAACGUGGAGACCGUUGAGUACAAGAACAUUUCCUUCACUGUGUGGGAUGUCGGUGGACAGGACAAGAUCAGACCUUUGUGGAGAUACUACUUCCAGAACACCCAGGGCAUCAUUUUCGUUGUCGACUCCAACGACAGAGACCGUAUUGCCGAAGCCAGAGAGGAGUUGCAGCAGAUGCUCAACGAGGACGAGUUGAGAGACGCCUUGCUCUUGGUCUUUGCCAACAAGCAGGACUUGCCAAACGCCAUGAACGCCGCCGAGAUCACCGAGAAGUUGGGCUUGCAUUCCAUCAGACAGAGACCUUGGUUCAUCCAGUCCACCUGUGCUACCACCGGUGACGGUUUGUACGAGGGUUUGGAAUGGUUGUCCACUAACUUGAAGAACUCCUCAAGACUCUUCCAUAAACACAUUACUAACAACCAGGCCGGAGUUAAGGUUGCCGAAUUGAGAACUAAGUCUAAGGAGCAGUUGGAGCAGCAGUUGCUCGAGUUGAAGCAGGAGCUUGCUUCUCUCAAGGUCCAGAAGUUGACCAGACCAGCUGUUCCUCAGAUUGGUGUUGUCAGAAAGGACAUUGCCAGAGUUUUGACUGUCAUCAACGCUCUCCAAAGAGAGAACGUCAGAGCUUUCUACGCUGACAAGAAGCUCAUUCCAAAGGACUUGAGAGAGAAGAAGACCAGAGCUUUGAGAAGAGCCUUGUCUAAGGAGGACGCUGCUAGAAUCACUCCAAGAGAGAGAAAGAGAAGAGCUGCUUUCCCAAAGAGAGUUUACGCUAUCAAGGCUUAA